UAUCCCACCCUGCCUUGGUCCUAGGGCUCUGCUUGCCAAGCACGUCUACCCCGUCAGUCAGCCUUGGCCACCACAUGCUGCUGUUCACCCAGUCAACCAUGUGGCUGGCCAUUCUGCUUGCCCUCUGCUGCCUGACUUCCGACUCCCACGAGACACACUCCCCAGAUUUUUGUUGCAAAGAUUUGAACACCAGUGUGAAGCCAGGAUUUCCCAAAAUAAUAAAGACCAAUGACUCAGAAGUGCUUAAGGCAGCCAGGCACAGUGUGGAAAAGUUCAACAACUCCACAAAUGACAUCUUCUUGUUCAAGGAGUCCCGGGUCAGCAAGGCCCUGGUACAGGUGCGGAGGACCAAGAGCUGCCACCUCAGGACUGCUCUGGCAAACUGGGUCACAUAA